AUGGAUCAGCACUUAAAGCUCGAGGACGGUUUCCGUUUCCGUCCCACCGAUUCAGAAGGACUUAUGUUCUUGUUGAGAUUCGUCGCUGGACAAGAGAUGCAUGAUUAUGGUUUUAUUACCACUAACGUUGAUGUCUAUGGCAAACAAGAACCUUGGGAGAUUUACGACAACGGAGUACCCUGUGGUGAUGAUGAGGACAGCACCAGUUAUCGCUAUUUCAUCACAAAGCUGAAGAAGAAAAGCAACGCAAGGUAUCAUCGUUCUGUCGGAAACAAGGGAACUUGGAAACAGGACGCCAAGGACAAACCAGUUCACUACAAAAAUAUGGGAAACACAUCUUCAGUGGUUAAUAUUGGAUCCAAGACGUGUUUGUCUUACAAAAAUAAAAAGUUUUACCCUGAAGAUCAGAAAGACGGACAUUGGCUGAUGAAGGAGUACAAGCUUUCUAAGGUUAUUCUUCACAAGUUCGACGAAGAGCGUAGAGAUUAUGUUCUCUGCGCUAUCAAGAACCUGAAUCACGUUAAUAGUUCAUCCGAAACUUUCACAAUCACGGCGUUGAAUAAUAUUUCCGAUGGAACUGAUGAGGUAACGAGUUCUGUUGAUGGCUUGUUGGCUACUAAGAAUUGCAAGGAUUACUAUAAUAUGUGCAAGAAUUUGGAACACUCUGAAACGAUGGCUUUUCAAGAAUCAAUGGUGAUGAAUAAUAGUGUUGACGAAGCAGCUGAAGGGACUACUUUUGAGAUGCCAGAACUAGAAGUGCCAGAGGACUUGUAUCAAUGGGAUGGAAAGGAAUUGGACGAAUUAAAUCAGAUAUUAGAUGGUGUACCCGAGGUUGAUGUAGCAGUUGAGCCAUUAGCAGCAGUAGAACCAGAGGCGACUUAUACAACUUGGGGGCAACAUUCUGUUGAAGCCACAUGCAUGCCCAAUUUGGAUCCUUCAAUGCCGACUUAUACAGCGCAUAUUGAAUAUUCUGAAGUGGCUGAUAUGUCUCAAAUACAUUUGGAACACUACUCUGCAACGAUGGCUUUUCAAGAAUCACAUGAGGCUGUGGAAUCAAUGGUGAUGAAUAAUAGUGUUGAACCUACUGAAGGGACUACUUUUGAGGUGCCCGAACUACAAGUGCCUGAUGACUUGUAUCAAUGCGAUGGAAAGGAAUUCGACGAACAAAAUCAGAUAUUAUAUGAUGUGCCCGAGGUUGAUGUAGAGGUGAAUAUUGCCGAACGGUUAGCAGCAACAAUGGAACCUACAGAGGCGACUUAUCCUGCUGAAGCCACGGACAUGCUCAAUGUUGAUCAGUCG